AUGCCGGCAUGGAGCACGCACGGGCGCGCUGGUGGCCCCUGUGCUGGGCAAUGGCACUCGCCAUCACGGUCCUCGGGGAACUCUACGGAGUGGAAGCAGGACCCUUCCGGCAAGUGGCACUGGAUCGGGACGAUGCCGUCUGCGCAAUCUCACUCCGAGAAGCGCUUGUGGGCGUGCCGGGGGUGCUCCAGCACGAACCACACGAAGACGGCCUGCGGCACGUGCGGCAUGAAGCGCACCUACUCCGACGUCGUAAGCCUGACUGCACGGCCGCCCAAUCCGGAGACUGGCAAGCCCGUCUCCAACAACCCCGUGGGCGGAGGCCCCUACCACAACCACACCAACGGCGACUACGCCACCGCCUACCUCACUAUCGUCACUGAUUUCGGAUAUCAAGCAGCCGAGCUCGAGGGCCGCCUGGCCGAGAAGCGUGCCGAGCUUCAGGCACUGCGUCUUAUCGGCCAACGCCUGGACGGUACGCGCGCGGCCCUCGAGCGCUCCCGGAAGCGUCGGGGGCAAGCCGAGCAGGCCAUGGCACUGGCUCAGUCGACGCUCACGGCGGCGGUCGAGGAGGAGAAGAGCUUGGCGGCACAGCUUGCGGAGCUCGAGGCCGCCGUCGGCUCCGACGCUACCCCUGCCGAGGCCUCGCUCGUCACUCUCGGCGAGCAGCUUGCCGCGGCGGUCGAGCAGGCGCGCUCCUUCGAGAACGUGGGCCCGGCCGUCGGCGACGAGGCGCAGCACGAGUCGGAGGCCUUGCUCGCUCGAUUUCAAGCGACACUCCAAGCGGCCGAGGCAGCGAUGCAUGCCGCGAAGACCGCUGUGCCGAGGCGGCUGAACGGCAAGCAGCCCAUCGAGCACCCUCCGGAGGCGCCGGAAGUCCGCGCCCCGGACAGGCGCCUGCCCAAGAAGCAGAAGGUCCAGUCCCACCUCGAGCACUGGUUUGGCCCCCUGAAGCCGUGUGGCUCGCUGACUGCUGCUGCUACCGCCCAGCCGCCGGCGUCCUUGGCCACCUCUGCUGCCAGGCCAUGCCACCUUGGGGCGACACCGCCGCAGCUAGGGGCCCUGGUCCUCGCCGACGCUGCAGUUGUCACGCUGAAGGUGGUGACCGCGGAUGCGCAGACGCUCCAUCCCCAGCAGGGGGGCUGCAGCUAUUACCGCACGUCCCUGGCCUUGAUGAAUGGCAAGGCGCAGAUCCUCGAACAACAAUUCAGGCAACGGGGAUUCUCGGCGGUGGGCCUUCAGGAGGACCGCGCCCGCCAAGCAGGGAAACGCAAGGGCGUCUACUUCACCAUGUUCGUCUCUCCCGCCACGAGUGACGGAGCACUUGGAGUGCAGUUUUGGCUUGAUCGCGAACUUGGCCAUCAUGUCGCUCAGUGGCGUGCGCGCUCGCCUCGCGUGCUGUUCGGGGUCAACGUCUCCCGCGAAGGCGCCGUGCACGUGUGGUUCUCUGCGCGCGCGCCGGCCUCGUGCACCGGCGCGGACGAGCGCCUCGAGUUCUGGACGGACCUCACUUCCGUUGCCGUCAACCUCCGGGCACGGUUCCCCAACGCCUUCUGGUUCGUCGCCGUGGACGCGAACGCGAGGGUAGGGAGGGCCCCGUCUGAGGCGUUCGGCACCGCUUGCCCCGAGCGCGAGAAUGAAAACGGCGCGGCCUUGCGCAUCUUCGCAGAGACGCUGCAACUCGUCGCCCUCAACACGUUCUCUGGUGCGGAGCCCACGUGGCACCACAACGCGAACACUUCACAUCGGAUCGACUAUGUCCUCAUCCGGAACGCCCACCAGACAUGGGCUUCCGACGUCCACGUGCGCGCCGACAUGGACCUAACCUUCAACGGGCGGCGCGACCACUCGGCCGUUUCGGCCGUUUGCGCUGUGCAGCAGUCCGCGCUGGGCUCUGCACCCCGGCCGCCUCCUCCCGUUCGCAUCGACAAGGCGGGCGCUGGGAAUGCGAAGUUGGUCGAGGCCUUCCAAACACGUCUGCUCGAGGCCCCUAUUCCUGAUGAGCCGCGCGUCGACGAGCAGCUGGCGCGAGUGAACUCCAUCGCAACGGAGGCGGCCCUGGACGUCUUCGGCCAGGCCCGGCCCCUGCCCCGCAAGCCGUGGCUGUCGCAGACCACGUGGGACAUGGUUCAGCUCAUUGCACCCCUCCGACGAUGUGCUCACCAUGCCGGGCGACACCGAUUCGCACGGUUUCAGCGAGCCUGUUUCGACGCGUGGCUUGCAGCACUGCCUGGGUGGAGGCUCCGGCGGGCACAGCAUUCCGCUGCGUCCCCUAUGUCGUCUUUCACCUUCUUCGCUCUGGGCGCAGCGGUGGACUCGCUGAAUGCCCAUGCGCGGGCGCGCGAACACGAAUCUUCGUUCUACGCCGCCAUUCUUGGAUUGCAGAAGUGCGUGCGCACGUCCCUUCGCGCGGACCGCAUGGAGUUCCUCGAUAGCAUGGUGAUGAAAGCUCAGGCGGCAGCUGACGCGGGUGACGUGCGCACCCAGUUCGCAGUCGCCCGCGCCCUCGGCGCACGCUCGGCCGUCGCCAACACAGAGGUGUUCCAGCUCGACGGCACCCUCACCCAGAACGCCUCCGAGGAGAUCGCACGCUGGGAGGAGCAUUUCUGCGACGUCUUCACAGGCGAGCUGACCACACUGCACGAGAUGCGACGCCCUGCACAGCCCGCCCACUGCGACCCGCGGCUGCUGGACGCGGGGCCCGCCGCGACGGCGGCGGCUUUCCGCAAGCUCGGCCGGAAUCAAGGCGUUGGCAUAGACGGCGUCCCCGCCGAGAUCUUGGUGGCUGGCGGGGGCCCUGCUGCAACCUUGUACGCUUCCGUCAACGAGCGGGUGCUUCAAAAUUACCAGUGGCCAUUGCAGUGGUGCGGCGGCCUCCUCCCGCACCUCCACAAGCAGAAGGGUGACCGCAGACUCUGCGACAACCACCGCGGCAUCCUCCUGGCUGACCACGCUGGGAAAGGCUUGGCUGGCAUCGUCAAGGACGCGUUGGGGCCCACCGUCAACGAGCACCUGCCAGCCACGCAAUUCGGAGCAGUGGCCAAGCGAGGGACAGAUUUCGCGACGCACAUGGUCCUCACUGCCACUGCCCUAGCCCAGGCGUGGCAUGCAUCACUGUUUCUGCUCUUCGUUGAUUUGACCAAGGCCUUUGACAGGGUUAUCCGGCAACUCGUCAUGGGCUGGGGCGGCGUGGACAGCGAGCACCGCGAGCGCCACCUCCGCCAGCUUGGAGUCGCCCCGCGAGCGGCCCGGCGGCUGCACGUGUAG